UUAUAUAUUCAUUUGUCAUUUUAGCAUAUAAACCGGGAUUGUUUUAGGUUUUAUUUGUGUCUAGAUGAAAAAAAACACGUAAUUUUCUAGUUUUAUUGAAAAUGGCUCAACGUUUUCCAGGAAACGUGCCAGCCCAAGGGCCCACGGGUCCUCCACCGCAAAGAUACGCUUCCCCUCAGCAACCAGGAAUGCGUCAAUAUCCCACACAGAAUUUCCCGGUUCAACAAAGGAGCGGUUACACGCCCCCUCCUAGUUUGAAUACAAGCGGUGGUACAAUGAUGCAACGUCCACCACAGCAACCAUACUCCCCCAUGAGAGGUGGACCAUUGCAGUCCCAACAAGGGACGAAAAGACCAGCUGAUGCUCGAAAUGUCAUGCAGCAACAGAAAAAUGAUUAUACUCAUAGUACAACCAAAAAGAAGAAAAAGCUUGCUGAUAAAAUACUUCCUCAAAAAGUACGCGACCUUGUUCCUGAAAGCCAGGCUUACAUGGAUCUCUUGGCUUUUGAGAGGAAAUUGGAUGCCACAAUAAUGAGAAAACGCCUUGAUAUUCAAGAAGCAUUGAAACGUCCCAUGAAACAAAAACGCAAAUUAAGAAUUUUCAUUUCAAAUACGUUUUAUCCAAGCAAAGAGCCCGUUGCUGAAGGACCAGAAGGGCCUGGACAAGAAGGGUCUGUUGCUUCAUGGGAGUUAAGAGUAGAAGGCAGAUUGCUAGAUGACCAAAAAAAUGACCCAAAUAAGGUCAAGAGAAAGUUUUCAUCAUUUUUUAAAUCUUUGGUAAUUGAAUUGGACAAGGAGUUGUAUGGCCCAGACAAUCAUUUAGUUGAGUGGCACAGAACAUUAACUACUCAAGAAACCGAUGGUUUCCAGGUGAAACGUCCAGGGGAUAAGAACGUCCGUUGUACCAUCCUUCUUCUGCUUGAUUAUCAACCGUUGCAGUUUAAACUUGAUCCGAGACUGGCCAGACUAUUGGGAGUCCAUACGCAGACUCGCCCUGUUAUUAUUUCGGCACUUUGGCAGUACAUUAAGACACAUAAAUUGCAAGACCCUCACGAACGUGAAUACAUAAUUUGCGACAAAUAUUUAGAGCAAAUAUUCUCAUUACCACGAAUGAAGUUUGCUGACAUUCCACAACGUCUGAAUCCCCUCUUACACCCUCCAGACCCGAUUGUUAUCAAUCACGUCAUUUCCGUUGAAGGGGGCGCCGAAAGUAAACAAACUGCUUGCUAUGAUAUUGACGUAGAGGUCGAUGACACACUGAAGACACAAAUGAACAAUUUUCUGCUUAGUACUGCAAGUCAACAGGAAAUUCAGGGGUUAGACGCGAAAAUCCACGAAACUGUGGACACUAUAAACCAGCUGAAAACGAAUCGCGAAUUCUUUUUGAGUUUUGCCAAAGAUCCGCAAAGUUUCAUACACAAAUGGAUUGUUUCCCAAGCACGAGACUUAAAGACAAUGACAGAUGUGGUCGGUAACCCGGAAGAAGAACGUCGCGCAGACUUCUUUUAUCAACCGUGGGCCCAAGAGGCCGUCUGUCGGUAUUUUUACACGAAAGUCCAACAAAAACGUGCCGAACUCGAACAGGCCCUUGGAAUACGAAACAAUUAAUUGCUCGUUCCUUAAUUAUAACGUUAUUUAAUGUUUUUUUUUAAUAGUUUUCUUAUAACACUGUAACGAAUUCAUAAAAUAAAAAAAGCUUGUAAUAAAAUUAAUUUGGUUACUCACGUUU